AUGGGUGUUCCUAUCAAUGGCAAUCCUGCAUUUGGACUACAACGGGUAUCAACUACUGCUGCUGCAGCAUUGUGUACUGCAGAACCUGUAGGGAACUGGAAUGCUUCAGACAAAGAAUGGGAGGAGGACACUUGGGAGUAUUUGUUGAUGUGGGAUGACAAUCUAUUGGAGAGCCUUUGGGCAUCACUUCAAGAUAUCAAGGACCCAGGAGUGACUGAUGAAGUGGAUAGGUUUAGAGCCAUCAAUAAGAACACCUCAAAUGCCAUGAGUUUUCUAUUAUCACUCCUCCUUCUGGUGCCAUGCUCCGCUGCCUUUGUUUCUGUACCAAAUGUGAGGUCGACAGUUAUCUUCAAAGUGAGUGUUGGCAUUGGUUAUGCUCCUAUUGCAGACUCCUACGCCCUUGUCAUAAAUUCCGCACUGCCACCAAUAUACAACCUGGACAACUCCCUUGUCCCACCAACAAACCUGGAUACCUACAGGAGUGCCGCGCUCGAUGGAAACUCUGAACAAUGA